GGCGCAAAUAGUAGCGCGUUUUAAGUGGCGCCACUAUUCGCGCCAAAAUGCGAAAAGUGAUUUGAAUCAAGAGACACUUUGCUGCCCGUCGAUUCACAUAAUAAGCUCUUCAGAAAAAAAAUUUGGACCGAUUCUGUUCCCCGUAUAAAAAGUCGAUUUUGCGCUAAUGUUAAAUGGGGUUCCGAAGGAGAAGAAGCAUUUAACAAAAUCAAACAUGAAUUAUCAACAACAGCUAUUCUUCAUUGUUCCGAUCCAUCAUUGAUAUUCAAGAUACAGAUAGAUGCAUCCAGCAUAGAUAUUGGUGGAGUGCUGGGUCAAGUUGGUCCUGAAGAAGAUCAUCCAAUUGCAUAUAUUUCAAAGUCACUCAAUAAACAGCAACAAAACUGGAACACUACUGAUCGGGAAUGCUCCGCAAUUGUGGAAGCAAUUAAACUGUGGAAACCAUAUAUUGCUGGAAAAAACUUCAACGUUUUAACGGAUCAUCAUGCCCUCUGUCGGCUAAACAGACAAUAUCAAAAUAAUUCAAAACUUAACAGAUGGAGAAUGGAAUUACAGAGACACACAUUUACUAUUGAAUAUGUGAAGGGAAAAUCCAAUUGUAUGGCUGACUGUUUGUCAAGGUUUCCUAUUGGUUUGGCAUCUAGUGGAAUGAGCAUGAGUAAAUCAACACAGAUAGAAGAUAAUUUAGACUAUCUAUCGGUGAUUACUCGUGCAAUGGUAAAAACAAUUGCUCAACAGCCUCAACUACCUAUUUCAGUAUCAUCAAGUAACGUAAAAACAAGUGAAAAUCAAAUUCAGGGAGCUCCUACUCCUUGUUUAUCUCUAUCAUCUCAACUGGUGAAUCAAUCAACAGCAAAAAGACAGGUAUUUUUGGAGAAAUAUGUUCAACAAUGUCAUAAUUGUGCGGUCAAAAAACAUUCACGGAGGAAACCUGAUGGUGUUUUAAAACCAAUACCACCACCACGAGGAGUAUGGGAAACAUUAGCUAUGGAUUUUCUCACAAUAACACCACCAUUAAAAACUGGAAAUAAAUAUAUUACUGAUUUAUUGUCGAAAUUUGUGAUUGUCAAAGCAACUCGUGAUGAAACAUCAAUCACUGCUGCUAAAUUUUUUGUUGAAGAAGCUAUUCUUAAAUAUGGGGCACCUAUUCAACUAUUAACGGAUAAGGGUCCACACUUCAUAGCUCAAUUGUUUAAUGAUAUUUGA